AUGAAGGACACAGCGUUACGGGCUGUGUUGAGUCCUCUGGAUAGUCAUCCGUGCCGCCCCCGCCCCGGACGCCCAGCACGACGGCCCUUGGAGUCGAACGAGGUCCUCAGGCCGGGCCCUGAUCCCGUGUGGCUGGUUCUGUGGCUGAGAAGAGCGAGGAGGACCCAGACGCACACGGGGACGACCAUGCGGCGGACACGCGAGAAGGCGCGUCUCACGAGGGGCCGGUCAUCUUCAGGACUUCACCCCAGACCCAUGUCCUUGGGGGCUGGUCUGCGCCGUGGCCCCUUUGGUGCUGGGCCUGAAAUCCAGGCCUGCCCACCCCUGGCCCCACGCUCAGGUCAGGCGCUGCUCUGCACCCUGGGAGUGUCCGAGGACUCCCCCUGCUCUGGGCUCUGGUUCUGCGGGAGUGUAUCUGUUCCCUUCCGCAUGGCCCAGAAGGAGCCACACGAGGGCGCUGUGGCCCUCACUGUGCUCAGGGCUGAGGCUGUGCGGCCUGGUCCCCAAGCCAGCUGCAGUUGGGACCUGGAAUCCUUGUACCUCAAGGCAGAGGGCGCCCGGCGAACCCUCGGGGAGAAGACGGGAGACCACCCGCCCCCACUCCGGCCCGUGUGCUGGGUGGACGGUGUGGGGGCCGGCGGGGGACACGUGGGCCGGGAGGAGGGCGGAGGAGCGGGGCUUUGUGCCCGCCGGACCCUCUCGCCUGCAGUUUGCCGUUCGGUUUGUGGCCACAGCCGGGAGUGUGGAAACCGCAGUGGGGCGGGCUCCAGCGGCGAGGCCGCAGGGUUGCUUCACCUCCUUGUCCUCACUCCGCGUCUCGCCAUCCUUCCGGCCUGCCCGGCUUCCCCAUCCCCUCCCGAGGACCCCGCCCUCCGCCACCUCCUGCCUCUGGGGAUCUGGAUGCCUGCUGACCGCCCCACCCUACUCCCCCAGAACACCGGCCUGGCCAUGCCGCCCCAAAACCACCCUGGUGGUGUCUCAACGCGUUGCAGUGGGGCCCUGGACCCCUCCAGACCAGCUCCCCCGACCCCACCUGGCAGCUCAGGGCUGGGACUUGGUGCCGGCUCCAGCCCUAGGCCACUGGCCCUCCAGCCUGCCCAUCUUCCUGGCUCGCAGGCCACAUGCUAUGUCCUGACCAUGACCUGA